UACAACACCCACCUACAACACACACACACACACACACACACAAAUACGAUCGGCUCUUCCUGUUAAACACAAUACGUCGUUAUGUAAUUUCAGGGGAAAUUUUUUCUGCCAUUUCCAACGAACCCCAGCAAACAUAUUCAGGUUUCCCUCAAACCCGAUUGCUGCUUCUAUCUUUAAAUGGUUUGUCACAGUCACAUCACAAACACAGCCACUGUAAUUUCCCAGAACUAUGAAUAACUCCACUGAUUUUGUCAACAAAUCGAGGUCAAACGAGAAGUACAAAAGAAUCACAUUAAAUGAACAUUACUUUCAGUUUUGCCUUAAGUUUCACAUCAGAAAAUAAAUGACGAUCGUAGACAGUUCAAUAAUUCGUUCAAUGCCUUGAUCAGCGAAGUACAUAUCGUUAUUGGAAUAUAUUGAACUUCCCCAAACCAUUUCAGCGAUGGCAGACACCUUGGAACAUUUGGAUGGCUUCUCCAGCAUUAUAGCUGCUUUCCUUGCUAAAAAGCUGGUAUCGCAGACCGAAUUCAACGAAGAUUUGUGUAGUGCCAUUAGCCACGUAUGGACUGUAUUUCUGUUAAUCAUUUUUGCUGUUAUUGUCACAUUUACCUACCUGAUAGGAGAGCCGAUCCACUGCCUGGCUCCUGCGAACUGGCUGGAACAAGAGGUAAACUAUGCGAAAGCAUACUGUUGGAUUUCAAACACUUACUAUAUUGGAAUGAAGUUCCCCAUUCCUAUGGACCCCGGAACUCGCACGCAAGAAGAAAUUACUUACUACCAGUGGGCACCUAUGAUUUUCCUUUUCAUGGCAGCUCUUUUUAAGACUCCUGAUUGGGUAUGGAGAGUCGUGAACUCAGUGUCUGGUAUUAGAUUAAAGAAAAUCAUUACUUUGGCUCAGAGCUCCCUGUUAGAUUCGCCAGAAAAGUAUAAGAAAAAUAUAAAAAACAUUGCUUGUUUCAUUGACAUGUGGUUGGAAGGCUGCUGGAAACGGAAGUUGCACCGUGUAAAAACAAUAAAAGGCAAAGAUUUAAAUUUUUCUUGGAUCCCGUUUUCAAAAAAGGAAGGGACAUAUUUUAUCAGCUUCUAUGUCCUCGUAAAAAUCUUGUACACUGUAAACAUCAUUGGACAGUUUUUCUUAUUGAAUGCAUUCCUCUCAGACACUUUUACACCCUUUGAUAUUUUUCGCACAGUUCCUUCAAAAGGAUCUGUAAGGUUUCCUCGUGUGACUCUCUGUGAUUUAGAAUUAAGGCAGUUACAGAACAUUCAACUCUACACUAUCCAAUGUGUUCUUCCAGUUAAUAUAUUUAAUGAAAAAAUAUUCAUUUUUCUUUGGUUUUGGUUGAUCUUUGUUGCUGUGGCUACAUGUGCAAAUGUUUUACUGUGGAUAUAUCGAGCGAUUUUUUCCAAAGGUCAGAAUAAAUAUGUUUUGCAUCAUUUGAGCCCCUCGAAAAGUAUAAUUAUAAAAUCUGAUGGUAAGAAAAUGUUCAAGCAUUUCAUAAAUGAUUAUCUGCGGAGUGAUGGCUUUUUUAUAUUACGAAUGAUUGCUAAGAACACAACAAAUUUGGUUCUUGAAGAUCUGUUAAAAGAAUUGUGGCAUUUGUACAACGAGAGAAUUGAUCAAAACUUUCAAGAACCAGGAUGCAAUACUUUCAAUGAUAUCUUAAAAGAAAAUUCGCCUGCACCACAUAUACUAAAAUCUUUGAUACAAAAAAAAAAUAUUAGUCCCCCCCCGAUAAGGACUUCUCCAAUCAAAGUCCUUUCCACGAUCCCUGAAGAGCCAUCUGAGAGCUAGCUAAUAUCUUCAGCAACCAUUUCAAUCUCCCUCUGUUUCUCUACUCUCUCUGAAUCUGUCUAAAUCUUUGAUAAUAUAUCAUAGUAUAUCCUCUUUCACAGAAGGUAAAGCUUUCUAUCUUUUGGGAAAUGAGAUACAAAAUCCCCCAAUGUUGGGGAAUAUUCUUUUACAUUUUAUUUUCAACUAUCGACCGAUCACUUCAUUUCUGACAUAUCAAAGGAGAUAGAAAUGGUUGUUAGUAAUCAGUGGUCACAUACUCCAUUGCCUUAUCUCUCUCUUUCUCCUCUGUGAAUACUUGUAUAGCUUCUGUAGACCCAUAUCUUGUAAAAACUUACUCUCUUAUGUUAU